CGAGAGCUGUCACUGUUAAAAAUUAUAAUUUUUCUGCCUUUUAGUGAAUGCAAGAUUGAAAGGGAUUAUCUGUGAACGAUUACUAUUAAACCGGCGGUGUCGAAGUGUCUAGGUAAUUAGAGUAAUUGAUUUACAAAUGGUUCCUAUAAAGGCAAAAGCGAUGAUCAUUUAUUGGGUCCUGCUGAUCGGGAUUCUUUUCCAAGGCACAAUUUGUGAAGAAUUAGAUAUUGAUGAAUCUGUACUUACAGCCGAAGAAGAAGAGCUACUGCAUCCGUCCGAACCGACAGCCGCAGCACCGGUAGAAGAUCAAACCGUUAACUAUGAAAGUCCGUACGCCCAUCCCGGCAAAUUUCAUUUUGCCGAACAUUUCGACAAUGAGGAGUACUUCACACGGCGAUGGAUCAAAUCGACGGCCAAAAAGGACGACAUGGAAGAAAGCUUAGCUAAAUAUGAUGGUGAAUGGUCGGUCGAAGAACCGCAUCGGCAAAUAUUGAACGGUGAUUUGGGAAUGGUGCUGAAGAGCAAAGCAAAGCAUGCAGCGAUCGCUUCGCGGUUGAAUAAACCUUUCGUGUUCGGCGAUGAACCACUCAUUGUGCAGUAUGAAGUUCAACUACAGGAUGGCCAAGAAUGUGGCGGUUCUUACAUCAAACUGUUAUCGUCCGGAAAAGAAACGACCGAUUUGACCAAAUUCAACGAUUUAACUCCAUAUACCAUUAUGUUCGGACCGGACAAAUGUGGCAAUGAUAUCAAAUUACAUUUUAUAUUCAAACACACCAAUCCACUUAACGGUACAAUCACCGAAAAGCACUGCCGCAAACCAAAAGAACGCAUCGAAGAACCGUUCAAAGACAAGCAACCGCAUCUGUAUCAGUUGAUUCUGCGACCGGACAAUACUUACACCAUUCGUGUUGAUCACAAAGUUGUAAAUGAAGGUUCACUGUUGACUGACUUCACACCACCGGCCAAUCCUCCAAAGUUCAUCGAUGAUGUAACCGAUGUGAAACCUGCCGAUUGGGAUGAACGCGAGAAAAUCAGCGAUCCAGAUGCUAAUAAGCCAGACGACUGGGAUGAAGAUGAACCACCUCAAAUUCCAGACACCAGCACCAGCAAACCGGAAGGAUGGUUGGAUGACGAAGAAACGAUGAUUCCGGAUGCGAAUGCUGUCAAACCAGAGGAUUGGGAUCCAGAGAUGGAUGGAGAAUGGGAAGCCCCGUUAGUAGCAAAUCCAAUAUGCGAGAAAGCGGUCGGUUGUGGACUGUGGAAAGCGCCAAUGAUUGCGAAUCCGAAGUACAAGGGAAAAUGGCGUGCACCGUUGAUUGACAAUCCGAACUAUCAAGGAAAAUGGGCUGCCAGGAAGAUAGAGAAUCCGGAAUUCUUCGAAGAUCCACAGCCAUUCAAAAUGACUACCAUUGCUGCCGUCGGCAUUGAAUUGUGGACCAUGUCUGCCGACAUAUUAUUCGAUAAUAUCGUAAUAACGAGUGAUGAAGACGCUGCCGAUGAAUGGGCGGCCAAGACGUAUGACUUGAAGCGAAAACAACUCGACAGAGAAUCGGAAACCUUUGUAACAAGACUGAUAAAUUUGACCAAUGAAAAUCCAUGGCUGUGGGCAGUUUAUGUAGUUGUAGGCGGCCUACCGCUAGCAUUCCUCCUGUAUUAUUGCUUCUCCUCAUCCGGCAAGGAUCAAUCGACUGAAUCGUCUCGGUACAAGAAGACCGAUGACCAAGUUCCCGAUGAUGAAGUGGAUGGACAACCUAGUAGUGCAAGCAAUAAGUCUUCGUUAGACAAACCAGUGGAUGAUGACGAAGAGGACGACGAAGAAGUUGAUACGAAUCGGGAAUCUGAAUCCGAUGAAAUCAAAGAAGCUGAGCCGGCCGAACCGGCCGCACCAGCCGAACAACCGAGUGAGGGAGCAAAGAAACGUAAACCACGAAAAGACUAACCAUUUUUUUAGGGGGAUUGCAUGCUAGCUCAAUCCGCAGUUCAUUUUCCAAUAUAUACAAACAUUCUAAACAAAAAAAAAUAAUUUAAAAAAUUCUCGAUUUUGCAGAAUUUUGUUUUGAAAUUUGAAAACAAACAAAAAUUUCUUUUUCUUUCGUAUUUUGUCAACUUGUGUGCUUAUAUCACCACGUAUAAAAUGCAAGUUCGUAAAUAAAAUUUAGUCAAGUCGUGUUUAUGUGAAUUUUUUACUUUUAGUCAUAUUAUAGCAUCGGUUCAGAAGUUGAAUGUUUUCUUAUGAUGAAAUUUUUAUGUUUUGUACUAUUCAAACAGAAGAAUUAAAAAAUAAUAAAUCGAAUGCUUGACAUGAGGUUCCGAUAUAGAAAAACACCAUUUUCCAGAGUGUGUGUUUUGAUACACCAAAGUAAAUUCUUAUUUAACGAUUUGCAAAAUAUACUUUCCUUUUGCCGGUAAGAAAGAAGAGAAAAAAAAAAGAUUAAACUGAACGCGCUGCUGUUACAUCAAUUUGUGUGAAUAUUAUUGAAUAUUUUGUAGUUCCAAUUGAGUCGUAAUUUAUAAUUUAGACGUAAAAUGGUAUUAUAUUUUAAACAGAAAUAAAAUGAAAAAAAAGGAAAAUCAUAAAUGAUGAAAGAGAAUCACAUGUUUUCUGAUCGUAUGUUUGAGUUGGUAAUAUCAAAAAAAUAAAUAAAUUGAAACAGAAA